GCCACAUUCUGCUGCUCCGGGCUUAGAAAUAAGAUACUACCCUUGCGACUGCUCUUGGUCAGGCCAAGGUGUAACAAUUCUCACUGUGCAGAGGUGAGUAACCCCCCCCCCCCGACUCCACACGCUUUGUGGUUUGUGUGUGCAGGAGGAUCUAUGUAACUCUUGAGAGCUGAGCGUGUGUAUUUCAGGACAGCAAGUUUCUCGGAGUGAGUGACAGCAGCAACAGGACAAGGGGAGGUGGCAGAGCAAACUACAAAUCAGAUGCAAACUGAUUCUCUGUCUCCGUCUCCUAACACUGUGUCGCCAGUGCCUUUAAAUAACCCCACAAGUGCCCCAAGAUUUGGAACAGUCAUUCCUAAUCGCAUCUUUGUUGGAGGAAUCGAUUUUAAGACUAAUGAGAAUGACCUAAGGAAGUUUUUUUCCCAGUAUGGCUGCGUCAAAGAAGUAAAAAUAGUAAAUGACAGAGCUGGAGUAUCAAAGGGGUAUGGUUUCAUCACAUUUGAAACUCAAGAAGACGCUCAGAAAAUACUACAAGAGGCUGAAAAACUAAAUUAUAAGGAUAAGAAACUGAAUAUUGGUCCAGCAAUAAGAAAACAACAAGUAGGGAUUCCUCGAUCCAGUAUAAUGCCAGCAGCUGGAACAAUGUACUUGACUACUUCAACUGGAUAUCCAUACACAUAUCAUAAUGGUGUAGCUUAUUUUCAUACUCCCGAAGUUGCUUCUGUUCCACAGCCAUGGCCUUCACGUUCUAUUUCCAGUUCUCCUGUGAUGGUAGCUCAGCCUGUUUAUCAACAACCUACAUAUCAUUAUCAGGCUCCUGCACAGUGUCUUCCAGGACAAUGGCAGUGGAGUAUUCCACAGUCUCCUGCCUCUCCCACCUCAUUCUUUUAUCUACAUCCUUCUGAAAUUACUUACCAGCCCCUGGAGAUUGCACAGGAUGGUGGAUGUGUCGCUCCUCCUCUUUCCCUAAUGGAAGCUGCAGUUCCAGAGCCAUAUUCUGAUCAUGGAGUUCAAGCAUAUCACCAAGUUUAUGCUCAAAGUGCCAUAGCCAUGUCAGCCCCUGUGAUGCAGCCUGAGUCUGUUAAAGAAGGCAGGAUACAUUCUGUAAGAAGAAAUUUUUCUCAUCCUUCUUCUAUGAGUUUAAAGCCACGUUAUGCACGAAGUCCUCACUUUCAUCCUAGAAAAGAUUACAGAUCAGAUGACACCGUGCUCACUACUCCUUCCUCUACAGACACUGUUAAAUAGCACCAUAGUUAUACUUAAUAGCUAACAUGAAGGUGUGUAAUUUUGUAGCUCCUAAUGUUUAUUGAAUACUGCUAAGUCAAAAUGUCCUUGCGUUUUGUAAGGUAUUUAAAGAUCUUGCACUUGUAAACAUAAAUCGUUUACUCUUAGUAAACAUAAAUUGCAGGAUAAAAUCAUGGUUACCUUUAUCAAUUGGUAUUCUUAUAUGGUGACAGACUGGUAAUUGAGAAAUAUGCAGGCUAUACAUGUGCUGUUUAUUAUGCCAUUUAAAACUAGCAUAUUUGUUUUGCAAACCAAACUUAAAAUUCAUUUUCAUCUGAUAGGUUACAAGAAUGACUAAGUACAAUAUUAAAAAACAUUUUUGCUUGAUGGAAAACGCAUGCUAUGUUGGAAUCCAAAUAUUUCAUUUAACAUUUAUAUUUAAGCAUAUUUUUUGUUUUUUAAAAAAU